UCGUAAAGUGUCCUCAUGGCUGACGUCCGAAGCAUCUACAAGAGACAAGGUUACAGAUACAGAUUUAUGAUGCAAGAAGGUGGCGCUCUAAAGGAGAGGAGGGAAAUGAUAACCCAGCGGAGGCCCUCAUUUGGAGCGGCGAAAAUGGAGCUAGCUGUGUGGCUAGUCUUGCUCUUCCUCGCAGUUGCGCGUGCAACGCAGAAUGACUGCGUGGUGGUGGCUCCCAACAGCGUGCAACUGGAGGAAUCCGUACUGGUUAUUAACCAAGGCGAUGCCAAGUACGUCACUCUGCAAGUGCAAGACUUUCCUGCUCGACUCAACACAUUUUACCGGGAAACAAUUCACUUGAGCAAAGAUGAGAUACGCAAAGUGAAGUUGCGCACUGGCACCCAACAGCUACAGAGAGAAGAAACAUAUGCAGCGAGGUACAUUGCUCUCUCCGUUCAAUGCGGUUCCCUCUACACGAAAGAGGCCAGACUGAUGGUCAGCGAGAAGUCGGGCUACCUGUUUUUGCAGACCGACAAGCCUAUCUACUCUCCUAAGCAAACAGUUCGAAUCCGCUUUGUAGCGGUGGGAGAACACCUCCGGCCUCUUGAUGGACCAUUCAGCCUUGAAAUCAAGAAUCCUCAAGACAUUGUUACAUACAAGACCGUCUUGGAGGGCAACGGCACGGGGAUGUUCAGUCAGUCCUACGACUUUCCACGCUCACCUUUACUGGGGGAAUGGACAGUCACUGCUUCCUACGGCCCUCACCCUGACCAAAUGACAGAGGUAAAAUUCAAGGUUGACGAGUACGUGUUGCCGACAUUUUCCGUCAACUUGAGUGUGCCUGCUGUCAUCCUGACUGACCAAGACACUGUGAGUGGUAGCGUGACUGCCAGAUACGUCUAUGGAAAACCAGUCGAAGGAUCAGCAGUUUUCAGGUUUAAGGUGAAGAAUGAAGCGAACUCUGAGAGGGAAAUCGGCUCUGUGUCACACAAGGAGCUUGUUCAAGGAACGACGUCCUUUACCAUAAGAACAGCGGAUUUAAAGAUGCCUAGGAGCCAGCGCUGGGCACCCAUGGUAAGAGGUAAUCGGCUGGUCGUCGAGGUAAUCGUCAUGGACGGAGCCACCGGGAAGAGAGAAUCAGCCAUUAACGACAUGGCCGUAUUUGCCAACUCGCCCUACAUCAUCUCCUUCAAGUCGACACCCAGGGACUUUAGACCUGGCACCAGAACCAUCGUCGUGGCUCUAGUGGAACACCCCAACUCGACCCCGGCCUCUGGAGUGCGCACGCAAAUCACGGUGCUGAACGAACGCGAGCAGAGGGUUCCGGUUGAUGUGGACUUUUCCAUCACCGACGACGGAGGCAAGGCGAUAUUCUUCAUUCAAACGGAUGCAUAUCACAAGCGGCUCAAGUGCAAGGUGCGGACGGCGGACCCAAGGUAUUCGUACCACCAACAAGAAGAAAACAGCAUUAAUCUGGAGACUUAUGAUUCACGGACAAAUGCAACCCUUGCACUCAACAGGAUCGAUACAAGGAGGAGAUACCAGGUCGGAGAGCAGUUCGAAGGCCAUGUGACAGUGAUGCCAAGAGAGAUGUACCCUCUCUACUUUGUGGUAUUAAGUAAAGGCCAUGUGGAACAUUAUGGCGUUAUCAUGCCUGGAAUGCCGCUCCACUUCACAUUGACGUACAACAUGUCUCCGACAUCAAGGGUACUGGUCUAUGCCUUCUACAAAGGUCACUUGCUGGCAGAUGCCCUUGCAUUUGAAGUUCAAGGAACCUGCACGGACAGCUCGCAGAUUGAAAUAGAGACAACUUUCAAGACGCAUGAACCUGGAGAGGCAGGUGCACUCAGAGUGAAAGGUACAGAGGGAACACUCGUGGGCAUUCUUGCAGUGGACCAAGCCGUUUACAUCCUCAGAAAAAAGGACCUUCUCACCAGAAACAGACUUUUUGCAGCGCUUAGAUCUCAUGACCUCGGUUGCGGUCCUGGUGGUGGGUUGACCUCGGAGACUGUGAUCGCCAACGCGGGUGUAGUGAUCAUCUCUCACCAUUUAGCUGAGAACACUAUUCAUCCUGAUAAUAGUUGCGAAGCACGAGUACGGAAGCGUAGAAGCAUUAUGUUGCGCUCACGUGCUUCACACACGGACAUAUAUCUGCAGAAAUGUUGCAGCUUGGGCCAACGCAGUGACAAGUUCGGAAGAGACUGUCGGACGCGAGCUGAAAUUGUACGUCGCUUUCUCAACAGGGAGCCCCGGGCGAACGAAUGUGCAGAUGCCUUUCGCGAUUGCUGCCGGGACUCGCAUGCCACUUCCUCGAUGAUGACACGCCGGUUUUCGUGUACGAGUCGUUCGAUUCCAGAUAUCGUGUGCGGCUACGAAGUGUGAGCCCGACUGGAGCUG